AGACUUUUAAUUAAUAAAUACAAUUUUGUAACCAGAAUUAUUAAAAAUAGUAAUCAUAACUUUAUAAAUUGGAAACAAACAUGAACUGGUUUUAUAUAUCAAUAGCCAGUUAAAGAAUAUAUUCGAACCGUCCACAACAUUACCUGCAAAAACCAGCAAAAGACGUAACAUUUACCACCAGUACCUGGUGCUUUUUAAAAGAAACCCCUGAAAAAAAUCCCCUACAUACACAUCACUAAAUUAUAAUAAACAUAUUUUUUGUAGAAAAUAUGCUACAAAAGGAUUUAAAUUUUUUAAAAAUUUAUAUACAAUACAAUUAAAUUAAAAUAAUAACAGGAACUAAAAUUGUUAAAAAAGUUAUACCACUUAAAAGUGGUAUUGAAACCAAACAAGAAAGCAUUUUUGUGCAUGCUUUAAAAUCUACGGAAAAUUUUAAAUAGUUUUAUUUAAAAUUAUAUUUUCCUUAUAUAUUCGAAGAGAUUAAUUAGAAAAGAUUGCUUGACAUAAGUGAAAAGAACGUUGAACGUUAAAUAUUGCCAAGAUGGGUCGGAAGAAAAUUCAAAUAUCACGCAUCACAGAUGAACGUAAUCGACAGGUGACAUUCAAUAAACGUAAAUUUGGUGUUAUGAAAAAGGCCUACGAAUUGUCGGUAUUAUGUGACUGUGAAAUAGCCCUAAUCAUCUUUUCGUCCAGUAAUAAAUUAUAUCAAUAUGCCAGUACCGAUAUGGAUAAAGUUUUACUCAAAUAUACAGAAUAUAAUGAACCCCACGAAUCAUUAACUAAUAAAAAUAUUAUAGAGAAGGAAAACAAAAAUGGUGUCAUGUCACCCGACUCACCCGAACCAGAAGCCGAUUAUACACUAACGCCCCGUACCGAAGCCAAAUACAAUAAGAUCGAUGAAGAAUUUCAAUUGAUGAUGCAUCGUACACAGAUGGCCGGUGGUGCAACAUCAGCCCGUAAUAUGACAAAUGCCAAUUAUACGUUGCCAGUAUCGGUGCCAGUAGCGGGUGCCUACGGUGAUAAUAUGCUACAGACGAGUCCACAAAUGUCCCACACAAAUAUUAGUCCACGACCAUCGAGUUCGGAAACGGAUUCAGUUUAUCCAUCUGGUUCAAUGUUGGAGAUGUCCAAUGGUUAUCCUCAUUCACAUUCGCCGCUUGUUGGUUCUCCCAGUCCGGGUCCAAGUCCUGGUAUAGCUCAUCAAUUAAGCCAUAAACAACAAUCACCGGGCAGUCAAAAUGGUAGAGCUUCCAAUUUACGUGUGGUUAUACCAGCGCCAUCCAUUGCUCAAAAUAUGUCCACCACAGAUGAGCUGGCAUAUGGAGAUCGUCACAAUCAAACAUCUUUAAAUACUCCUGUGAUGACAUUACAAACACCCAUACCAGCGCUUCAAGGUUAUCCUUUUGUACCACAAGAUUUCUCUAUGAGUACGUCCGAUGUCAUGAGUCUGCCCUCGUGGAGUACGCAUCAGGGUUUGGUACAUCAAUCGGGAAUAUCCCAUUUAUCGGUAUCAAAUAGUACACCACCACCUGCCACCUCUCCCGUCAAUAUUAAAGUCAAAUCCGAGCCUCAAUCUCCGCCGCGUGAUCUCUCUGGUGGCCAUCAUCAGCAAAAUAGCAAUGGCUCUUCUCACACCAACACAAAUGCUGCUAAUGCCAAUGGCAGUGGCGCCAAUAAUCACUCCAAUUUGGGUUCUAAUAAUCUAAAUAAUUCUCUGUCUAUUAGUACGCAUGGUUUAGGUGUGGGCGGCGGCGGCGGUUCAGUGGGUGUUAUAGCGGGUACUAGUCCUGGUGGUGCUGGUGGUGGAGCUGGUAGUGGCGGUGGUGGUGCUUCAAAUUCUUCCUCGACUUCUAACGGUUCGGCCAAUGAUCAGGCCACCAAUUUAAGUGUUUUAAAUCAUACCCAGCAACAUUUGGUCAUGGCUGGCUCAAGACCAUCCUCAACGGGUCAUUUAACACCGACGCCUGGCAUAGAUAAAUAUGAAGGUUAUCCCUAUCGGUCACAACUGGGUCAGAAUUCUAGAUUAUGGAAUUUUGGUUCAGUGACGCCCAGUAAUAUACCCUCACCCGAUAUGCGUUUAAAUGACAUGCAAAAAGCGGUUAGUCAGCAACAGCAACAACAACAGCAGCAGCAUCAACAGCAGCAGCAACAACAACAACAACAGCAAUUAAGUGACUAUGAUGGUUCUAAUCAGGCACAUAAAAGGCCCAGAAUAUCGGGCGGCUGGACAACAUAGCCAAAUGAAAAUAAUAGUAAUAAUAAUAAUAAUAGUAA